AUGGGAGCACAAACUAGCCACAUCGCUUCACGCACCGCAGUGGCCGACAGCAUUGCUCUUGGUGAAGCAGCAAAGCUCGCCAAAGUGAAGCCCAGCAUAGCGUCUGUUCCCAGAGUCUCCACAAUCCCAUCGGAUGUUCCCGGUGCGGACUACGUCUACGUCGUGUCUGUCCGUACGGGAACCCAGCCUGAUGCCGGCACGGCGUCUGUGGUCGGGCUGAUGAUCACAGGGUCAGAGGGCAGGACAGCCAUGGUCACUCUCAACCCGGCAGGCCUGAUCCUAGCCCGAGGUGGUGACACGUACCACAUCAUGACGACACCAGCCUCUGUUGGCGAGCUCCAGUCUGUACAGGUCUGGCACGACAGCUCCGGGAAGGGCGCCAUGGAGUCACUCUUCAUAGACAGCAUUAAGGUCUGGGACAUGCAGACAUCACAAGGAUUCUGUUUCCCAUGUUACACCUGGCUGUCCUCUAGCAAAGGAGACGGUAGGACAAUAAGGACAUUGAAGGCAGCUCAUGGAGAAAUGCAGUAA